AUGGCCUCCAUACUUGCAGAUAGUGAUUCUUUAGAAUAUAUACGUAGUUUAACUAAUUAUGAUAUGGAGUCUAUUUUAUUUGACGAUGCUCUCAUAUCUACGCUGCCCGAUAAAACUGAUGUUGGCGAAUUUCAUGUUAAAGUUACAAGAACAAACUUUGGUGAUAUUAAAGAUUGCAUACAUGUUGUAGCAAGUAGUCAAGCAACUAUUGACGAUGUUCCAUGUGGUACAACUGUUAAAGCAUUUCUUACAAAAGAAUUAAAUACUAUUCGACAGGAACAUACCGAAUAUGUUAAAUUACCAAAAAAUCCUCUGAAUCGACAUAUAUUAUUUCAAUCAGAAUAUUCAGAGUAUGUCAUAACAAUAACUACUGAAGAAGGCAAAACAUCAUUAGGACCACAGAAAAUCUUUUUCGAUGACAAAGAAGUUGAAGUAUGGGGAAUUGAAAGACAAUUGAUUGAUAACGACAAAAGUGCAUUACAAGUCGCAUGGCAAAGUUAUUAUAAUAUUGAUGGGUAA